GUAAAUAACGAGUUAACACAAGAUCACAAGUUCCGCCAUCUGAUUAUUGCACAUCUUAUAAACAACAACAUUUUAACGGAUGAUUUUAAAGGAAAGAAAAGUGACCAGAAAUAUAAUAUUCAAGCAAUUCGUCUCACUGGACAGUUUGUUGGAGCCGAAAGUAUUCGUAACUUUAAAGGACUUCUAUCUGAUUAUAGUGAAAACACUAUCGGUGUUUACGUUUCCAAUGUUGAUUUUUCAACUAACUCCAUCAAUGAGGCCAAAAAAUCGAAACUCAAG